AACGAAAUUGGCCAGCAGUGACAUGACUACCUACCCACCUUGUGUGUGAUGUGGCCCAUCGUGCGCGGGGCACUGUCUUUUGGGCAGGCGGUCGUUGAUUCCAACGUACCCCUCUGCCCCACUCUGGCCGUUGCGCUGACUCCCCUUCCAUCACCUGCUGUCCCAGGCCUGCUGCUAUGCUAGUCUCUCUUACCUCAUCGGGGCCUCAUCUCAGGCAGGGGAGGGGGUACGAGGUGUGGUACUUUGACUUGGCCAGAGCUUCCACCAGCGCCUAGUUCCUCUCCAGCCACCUUCAACUCACUACACUCCAAUCGAUCGCCAACCUAAUCCCGUCUCAUUGCGUGCGGCUCUUUUGAGUUUGAGACUUUCCAUCUGGGAUGCCAGGCCGGGUUGCUUCUGUAAGUCUUGGCAGUCCAAAAGGCUCCCUCAGCCGAGGCCUCCUUGCUGCACGAUGAGAACCCUCGAUGAAGCCCAGACGCGGUGGGCCGAGACAUCAAAGAAUGCCAGGAGUUUCUCCGAGUUACAGAAUGCAGUCAGAUACAACGGGCCUUCGAGCCCAUGCCUCACAGGCUGCAGGUCGGUGUGUUGGAAGGCCUUCCUGCUCCUGCAAGACGUCGACCCCGCAGACUGGCUUCAUGGGAUCUCCGAGCUGCGCAGCUACUACUCUCAACGCCGGGAUCAUUUCUUAAAGUUCAUCGAGCACCCGGAGGAGCUGGCCAAGGUAGCCAUUGACCCGCUGACCGACGACCCAAAGUCGCCGUGGAACACUGUCCGUCAAGACGAGAUCAUCAGGGCGGAAAUCGCGCAGGAUGUUCGUCGCCUGCCGGAUGAACCUUUCUACCACCAAGACCGGACGCAGACAUUGAUCAUUGACGCGCUGUUUGUCUACUGCAAGUUGCACCCUAAUAGCGGCGGAUAUCGCCAGGGUAUGCACGAGCUUCUGGCGCCGAUAGCAUACGUGGUCAAUCAAGAUGCGCUUGAUCGUGAAGCCAUCGCGUCCAGCGGACAGCCGGUUGAUGAAGCGAUGGUUGGUAUGCUGGACUCGUCCUUCAUCGAGCACGACACAUUUGCGUUGUUUUCCAAGAUCAUGGAGAAGGCCAAAUCGUUUUAUGAAGUCAAGGACUCCGUUUCAAAGGCGGCCUUGGCAUCCGUGUCCAAGGAUCGCGUGGAAACAUCGGCCAUUGUUGAGAAGAGCAAGUUCAUCCACGAGGUGUGCUUGGCCAAGGUUGACCCAGAGUUGGCCAACCACCUGAAAGAUAUUGAGAUCCUGCCGCAGAUUUUCUUGAUCCGAUGGAUCCGCCUUCUUUUCGGCCGCGAGUUUCCGUUCGACGAGCUCCUUGUCUUUUGGGAUACCCUCUUUGCCGUCGACCCGUCCCUAAGCUUGAUAGACCUUAUUUGUGUUGCUAUGCUUCUUAGGAUUCGUUGGAGUUUGCUCGAGGCAGACUACUCUGUUUGCUUGCAAUUACUACUCAAAUAUCCCGCACCAGAUGCCCCUCAUGGACCUCACACGUUUGUAGACGAUGCCAUGUACCUGAGAACGCAUCUUAGUGUCUCCGGGGGUGUCUCGCUCCUGUUGAAAUAUACGGGGAAGAUGCCAAGCACAACACAGUCUGCAGCUAGUUCACGGCCCACGACGCCAAUAAGCCAGGCAUUUUCUUCUUUCAGGAACCGAACCAGAGGCAAUCAAUCGCCGAUUCCCUCGGCAAGCAGGUUCAUCCAGCAGCAGGGUGGAGUGGAAGCUCUGUUCCAGGGCGCCGCAAAAAGCAUGCUUGAGCGAGGCGAGAAGCUCGGCAUCAACCAAGCCGUACGCGAUGCCAUGGGUGACAUCAGGAAGAACAUGCAGAGCUUGAACGAGGUACGCUAUACUCCUCGCACAGCAAGACAACUGCUGGGAGACGACUCGGCGACCCAGGCCAUUGCCGCGCUGGAGCAACGGAACAAGCUCCUGGCGAACAUGCUGGACGAGACGGUCGCAAGUCUUAGGUCUUUGGGCACAUCCAACCUCGACGAUAAGGUUAAGACCCUGGAGCUCGUCGAGGUAGCAGCCGCCAAGAUCCAGUUCGUCAAGGUUUACCUAGAAGACCCAACGAUCGAGGUCCCAGACUUGGAGGGCUUCACUAGUCCGCCACCUGAAGAAGCGAGAGGAGAAAAUUCGAUGGACGUCGACCCAAACGGCAAGGCCGCCCUGGAGGCCGCUGCUUCCGCCGAAAAUGUGGCAGGUGCCAUAUCCACGCUGUCCAUGGCAGACCAAGGGAAAGCCAUAUUGUCGCCAGCUUCGACAUCUCCUCUCCCCGAGCCGAUGGAUACCACACAAGAUGCACCUGCAGACAAACCUGCCGAGCAUCCUUCAGUGACAACAUCAAGCCCAAAGUUGGGGACCCCUCCGAGGAAGCCGAAGGAACGACCUCAGCCGCCGAUUCCAACGCGAUCAACCCUUGCCCAGUCGUCCUUCUCGUGGAUGCUUGAGCCGGAUCAGUCCGCGCAAUCCGCGUCGCCACCGCAGAUGCCAAAGUCGAGCUCCGGAGGCGCACACCGGAAGAAACCCUCAGGAAACAUCAGCAGAGAGCGGAACGCCUUUCUCUUUGGCGAGGUUGUCGCCGAUUCCGACGACGACACCAAGCCGAUCAAGUCUGAUGACAUCUUUGGGCUGCAGCCCAUGGAGAAGCACAAGUCUCCAUUUGCAUAACGAUUACGAGAACAUGUUUGGAGAUAUGAUGACAAUGAAUCGAGAACGUGAAUAAGCCGGCAGCAUGACAAAUGCGAGGCUUGCUAGCAAGGAAAGAUGUCGGACGUGUCCAUAGAUGGGAGAGCCGGCACUAUCAAGACAAUACAUACUUAACUUUCCGAGCGAUUCCCUUCGUCUCCCGCAGUGGUCUCCAUGCUUUAACGAUCGUUCUGGACUUUCCACCAGUUGUCAUCGACCAAGACUUGACCCGCCGCCGCCGCUACAUGUCAUGUGGGGACCGCCUCCUUCUCGGCCCUUCCGCGCUGGCCAAGCCUAGUAGAUGCAUGC